AUGUCGAACAACAAGGCCUCCGAACUGCCCACCAUCAACCCUGGCGCUGCCAAACCCGCUUCGACUCUGCAUCCCUCCGUCUAUAUCGCCUCGUGGAUUGCCCUGAGCUCUGGUGUUAUCAUCUUCAACAAGUGGAUUUUGCACACUGCUGGAUUCACUCUAUUCUUGACGACAUGGCACCUAUUCUUCGCGACCGUCAUGACCCAGCUCAUGGCCCGUUUCACCACAAUGCUCGACUCCCGGCAUAAGGUUCCGAUGACACAGAGCGUCUAUAUGCGCGCGAUCGUACCCAUUGGUGUCUUUUUCAGUUUGAGUUUGAUUUUCGGCAAUCUGGUUUAUCUGCAUUUGAGUGUUUCUUUCAUUCAGAUGUUGAAGGCUACCAACUCCGUCGCAACCCUUCUCGCGACCUGGGCCCUCGGCGUUGCGCCUGUCCGCCUCGAAACGCUAGGAAAUGUCUCGAUCAUUGUAGUCGGUGUGGUCAUUGCUUCGAUUGGCGAGAUCAAGUUCAGUCUCAUUGGGUUUAUCUACCAGGUUUGCGCUACCGUUUUUGAGUCUGUCCGCCUCGUCAUGGUGCAACGAUUGCUCAGUUCAGCAGAAUUUAAGAUGGAUCCACUCGUUUCGCUUUACUACUUUGCGCCUGCUUGUAUGGUCAUGAACGGUCUUGCUACUCUCGUCUUUGAGAUUCCACACAUGAGCAAGUACGACGUCUACAGCGUUGGACUGGGCAAUUUGCUGGCGAAUGCUAGUGUUGCUUUUGCUUUGAAUGUCUCCGUUGUUUUCCUGAUCGGAAAAACUUCGGCCCUCGUUCUGACUCUAUCCGGUGUUCUGAAGGACAUUCUCCUUGUCGUUGCAUCUAUGGUUAUUUUCCAUGAUCCAGUCACACUGAUUCAAGCCCUCGGCUACGGAAUAGCACUCAUGGGUCUUGUCUAUUACCGACUUGGUGCUGAGGGUAUCUCCAAUCUCAUGUCCGGACUGCGCCAUCAAAAAGCCAGUGGCUCGCUUGGUGGAAAGUCAAUGCCUCCUGAAGACAUCGACAUCACUCUCCGCAAGACCCUUGAUGCCCUGCUGGAGAAGCAUCCGGCGCACAAACCCCUGUUCGACGAGCAGACAAAACAGCGAUGCAUACUCGGCUGGCACUCGAUGCCCGCCUGGCCGGAUGUGCCGCUGGCAAUCGAACAGCUGAAGACUGCAGGGUAUGAGGUGUUUGUUCAUGCAAAGGGCACGACGCGGCUGCAGCUCGAUCUUUGCAGAUCGGCAGGUCUCGCCUUCGACAUGCUGUUUUCUAGCGAGUUGCUCGGCGUGUAUAAUCCUGCUCUAGAAAACUAUCUUAGAGUAUUGCAAAUGGUCAAGUUAAGACCGGAAGAGUGUGUCACGGUGACUGCGCAUGCGUAUGAUAUUCAGGGAGCGAUGUCAGCCGGGAUGAAGACGGUGUAUAUUCAUAGGUGGACUGAUGAUAUUAAUGAGGAUAUGGAGCUGGCCAAGAAAGAACAUGACUUUUUCCUGGCAGGCAUGAGCAAUCUUGCCGCGGUUAUUGGGGGGUUGGGAAAUAAUGAACCCGCAGAUGUUUAG